GUAAACUGUGCAAAUGGAUACGCUAUCACUGAUAUUGGUUUUUACAUUAGUGUACUUGGACAGUGUUUUCUCUUUAGGCCCAGUUCCUGCUGGUACUGGGACGGGUCCUUCCUCAGAAAACGAACCCACUGAGGCUGAUCUUUAUCCAUGCUUUCGGGAUAUUAAAUGCGGCCAUUUAGGAAAGGAAGCUCAAGAGAGACUGGAAAAGUGUUAUUACAUUUUCGACGAAGAGGAUCAUGAAACUGUAACCCAAUGGGUAAAUGAGGCAACAAAGGGCGCAACAACCGGGAACGACUUAAUGGACGUCGCUGCUCAAUGGUGCAAACUGGAAGAGUAUGCUAGGCAAUCUACUCUCUCUGAGAUAAGUAUCAAAGGCAUAGAUCAUGUGGGGGUGAGUUCUGACGAUGUUGAAGUCACUGUCACCUGA